AUGAUGGAGCUUGUGUGGCUGUAUGUGAUGCUGAUCCACGUGCAGCACGUCGCUGCCGUGACCUGGCUCCGCAGGGAGCUGCACAAGUGCGGCUGCAACCACAACCGAGGAGUCAGCCCUGAAGGUUUCCAGUGGUCAGGCUGCUCUGAUAACCUGCCUUAGGGGAUUGCCUUCCCUCUGGCCUUUGUGGACAGCCCUGAGAGGAGCCGCGGUGUUUCCUCCAGCCGAGCACUCAUCAACCUGCACAGCGAUGAGGCUGGGAGGGAGGUGUUGGGAAGGCUGUCCCUGGGCUCUCCUGGCCAUAUGAAGGUGGAGUGCAAGUGCCAUGGUGUGUCGGGCUCCUGCUGGAAGGUCACGCCUUCCUUCCGCCAGGUGGGCAGCGUCCUCAAGGAAAAGUUUGAGGGGGCAACAGAGCUUUACCCGAAGCGGGUCGGUUCCCGCAAGCUCCUGGUGCCCGAGAGCUCUCUCUUCAAGCCCUGCACGGCUCCUGGUCCAGUCUACCUGCGAGCCAGCCCGGACUUCUGCCACCGGGACCCUGGGCCCGGCAUCCUGGGCGCCUCCGGCUGCCAGCGCCAGCGGACACCGCCGGGCACGGCCGCCUGUAGCUGCUGGUGCUGCUCCAUCGAGUGCAAGCAGCGCCGGCACCUCGUGGAGGGGCACAGGCGCCGCUGA